AUGAGGACUUGGAACCUCAAGGAGGACCAGGAGGACCCGGAACCCCAGAGCCAGACCAGGAGAACCCGGAACCUCAAGGAGGACCCGGAACCUCAGAGCCAGACAAGGAGAACCCGGCUCCUCAAGGAGGACCAGGAAGACCCGGAACCUCAAGGAGGACCAGGAGGACCCGUACCCCAGAGCCAGACCAGGAGGACCCGGAACCUCAGAGCCAGACCAGGAGAACCCGGAACCUCAAGGAGGACCAGGAGGACCCGGAACCCCAGAGCCAGACCAGGAGAACCCGGAACCUCAAGGAGGGCCAGGAGAACCCGUACCCCAGAGCCAGACCAGGAGGACCCGGAACCUCAGAGCCAGACCAGGAGAACCCGGAACCCCAGAGCCAGACCAGGAGAACCCGGAACCUCAGAGCCAGACCAGGAGGACCCGGAACCUCAAGGAGGACCAGGAGAACCCGUACCCCAGAGCCAGACCAGGAGGACCCGGAACCUCAGAGCCAGACCAGGAGAACCCGGAACCCCAGAGCCAGACCAGGAGAACCCGGAACCUCAGAGCCAGACCAGGAGGACCCGGAACCUCAAGGAGGACCAGGAGGACCCGGAACCUCAGAGCCAGACCAGAAGGACUCGGAACCUCAGAGCCAGACCAGGAGGACCCGGAACCUCAAGGAGGACCAGGAGGACCCGGAACCUCAAGGAGGACCAGGAGGACCCGGAACCUCAGAGCCAGACCAGAAGGACCCGGAACCUCAGAGCCAGACCAGGAGGACCCGGAACCCCAAGGAGGACCAGGAGGACCCGGAACCUCAAAGAGGACCAGGAGGACCCGGAACCUCAGAGCCAGACCAGAAGGUCCAGGAACCUCAGAGCCAGACCAGGAGGACCCGGAACCUCAAGGAGGACCAGGAGGACCCGGAACCUCAAGGAGGACCAGGAGGACCCGGAACCUCAGAGCCAGACCAGAAGGUCCAGGAACCUCAGAGCCAGACCAGGAGGACCCGGAACCCCAAGGAGGACCAGGAGGACCCGGAACCUCAAGGAGGACCAGGAGGACCCGGAACCUCAAGGAGGACCCGGAACCUCAGAGCCAGACCCGGAGGACCCGGAACCUCAAGAGGGACCACAGAAGAUCACAUCUUCCAUCCUGGUACCAACCAGAACCCCUCCCCCCAGAUCCAGACACAGAUUCUGA